AGUCUGGGCCGCGACCGGAUUAAGAGUGCCGGGAUUCAGCAAGCGGGAAGUAACGACCAGGUGUUAAAACCUUUCUACUGAGGGAAACCGGACGCUCUGAAGUCUCGCGAGAUCCUGGCGCGGCCCAAUCGAAAGCGAGGCCGGGCUUGUAACUAGGAUCCUUUGUUGGGGGGCGGAGCUCUGAGGGAGCUGGGCGGGCUUCGUCGGUGUCUCACAUAGCGGCGUAUAGGCCCUGCAGCCGCUGUGAGAAACGUAGCCGUGGCCAUGAAGGAGGAAAAGGAGCAUAGGCCCAAGGAGAAACGAGUAACCCUGUUAACGCCCCCGGGGGCCACAGGCAGCGGCGGUGGGGCUUCGGGGGAAAGCGGGAAGGGGGAAGAUAAACAGGAUCGGAACAAGGAGAAGAAAGAGGCGCUGAGCAAGGUGGUAGUUCGAAGAUUACCUCCCACUUUGACCAAGGAGCAGCUUCUGGAACAUCUUCAGCCUAUGCCCGAGCAUGAUUAUUUUGAGUUUUUUUCUAAUGAUACCAGUCUGUAUCCUCAUAUGUAUGCCAGAGCAUACAUCAACUUUAAAAACCAAGAGGACAUUAUUUUGUUCAGGGAUCGCUUUGAUGGUUAUGUAUUCCUUGACAAUAAAGGUCAAGAAUAUCCUGCUAUAGUAGAAUUUGCACCUUUUCAAAAAGCUGCAAAAAAGAAAACUAAGAAAAGAGAUACCAAAGUUGGGACUAUCGAUGAUGAUCCAGAGUAUAGAAAAUUUUUGGAAAGCUAUGCAACAGAUAAUGAGAAAAUGACAUCUACUCCAGAGACACUGCUAGAGGAAAUAGAAGCAAAAAAUAGAGAAUUAAUAGCUAAAAAGACAACCCCACUUUUGAGCUUCCUGAAAAACAAGCAGAGAAUGAGAGAAGAAAAGAGAGAGGAAAGAAGGAGGCGAGAGAUAGAAAGAAAAAGACAAAGAGAAGAAGAGAGGAGAAAAUGGAAAGAAGAAGAGAAACGAAAAAGAAAAGAUAUAGAAAAGCUAAAGAAGGUAGACAGAGUUCCGGAAAGGGACAAAUUAAAGGAUGAACCAAAGAUUAAGGUACACAGGUUUCUGUUACAAGCUGUGAAUCAGAAAAAUCUGCUCAAGAAGCCAGAAAAAGGGGAUGAAAAAGAAUUGGACAAAAGAGAAAAGCCCAAGAAAUUGGACAAAGAGAAUCUGAAUGAUGAAAGAGCUAGUGGGCAGAGUUGUUCUUUGACCAGGCGUUCUGAUGGUGAACUUAAAGAUGAAAAGCUAAAGAGACCUGAAGAUGAAAAUAGCAGGGACUACAGGGAGAGGGAACGGGAUUAUGACCGAGAUCAAGAACGCAUACUUCGGGAGAGAGAGAGACUGAAACGGCAAGAAGAAGAACGCCGUAGGCAGAAGGAGCGCUAUGAGAAAGAGAAGGCUUUUAAAAGAAAGGAAGAAGAAAUGAAAAAAGAGAAAGAAGCACUUAGGGAUAAAGGAAAGAGGAACGAAAGUACAGAAUCAAUGGGCAACUCAGAAAAAACUGAAAAAAAAGAGGAAGUGGUUAAGAGAGAUCGCAUAAGAAACAAGGACCGUCCAGCAAUGCAGCUUUACCAACCAGGAGCUCGAAGCCGAAACCGACUCUGUGCCCCAGACGACAGCACCAAGUCUGCAGAUUCAGCAAUAGAAAAAAAGCAGGAAAGUGCUAUUAGCCAUAGAAAAGAAGCAGGAGACGAGUGAUAAGUCCACAUGGCCUUAGGUGUCCUGACUGUCUAGGCAGCCAAAGAGCACGAAUUAAGCAAUCCAGAAGUGCCUUCAGGGCAAAGGAAUAGAGAGAAAGGGGGUCGCAGUGCUGGUGGGGUACAUUGAAGAGGAGUAUGUUUUGCGUCAAAGCAAGAAUCAGAUUGCAGGUCAGAAUUUGAAGUACAAUUUCAUUGUUUAUGCCGUUUCCACAAAUUCCUUUUAAAGUGUCAGAAGAGAUGAGGGAGGUGACAUGCAUUGCAACUCGCAGGCUAGAAAUGUCAAGUGAGGACUUAAAUGUGUAUGACACAAGAGCAAAUAAGAGAACUGGAUCUCAAAUCGAAAGGUUCUAUUAGUCCUGAGUUGAACUUUCUUAAGUUGAGUGGAGCAGAGUCAGUUUGAAGUCUUGUUCAGAUUUAGUUGUGUUAUUGGUAAUAACUGUUGAAUUUGUGUAGUGUAGAAGCAACAAGCAUGUAAUUGUAGUACAAGUAUGGUGACGGAUAUAACAGAUUUUUUCCUGAGGCAUAAAAUUGAACAGUCACUUUAUAAUCUAUAUCCUAUGUCCUAAAAUGUUGAAAUUAAUUUGAGUGUUUUGAUUGUUUAUGUGAGCUUAGCAUAAAGAAUAUUUUUAACGUCUCAGUUUUCUUUUAGUAGUUAUUAAUAUUAAUAGGUAAAAUCUAGCCCUUGUUUGAUUCUUGACAAUCAAGUCUUUGUUUUAUCUUAGGUCUCAUGAUCUGAGUGCAUACCCUCUGCAAGAAGGAACCGUCACCAAUAUUCGUUCCUGUUAAAUAACAACUUUUAGUCUUAGCGUGUUUUGUAUUGGUGUCAAUAAAUAUCAAAUACCACUCAAAUAUGAAGUUAAGUGUAUUUAUUACCUUUACGAAAUAGCUAUGAGUUUUGAGAAAUUAAACUUUUGAUACUGAAUUAACUUCUUAGGAAGUUUGAAAGGGAAUAAAUGAUAUUAAUAUUUGCUUUCACUAGCAUUAUGCCUUUAUUUUGCCUACCAAAAAAACCCAAACCUAUUGCCAUCGAGUUGAUCCCCACUCAUAGCGACCCUAUAGGACAGAGUCGAACUGCCUCAUAGGGUUUCCAAGGAGUGGCUGGUAAAUUUGAACUGCCAACAUUUUGGUUAGCAGUCGAGCUCUUAAUCACUGCACCCACCAAGGAGAAGAUCAAAUCAUGGUUUAUUACUCUUGUUCCAUAAGAACCGAAAUGUUUGGAGAACAUCUUGAGCUGCUGCUUUAUUUUCAUCCUGCUAGCUCCUUCUAAUGUGGCAUCGGUUUGCUCUUAAUUAAUAAGUCACUGCUUUAUGUUUUCCUUGGCUUCUCAAAACCAGUAUCCCAAGAGGCAAGUAGAAGAACCAUUAAAGAUGACUGAAAGAGAAUGGUCUUCAGUUGGGACAGAGUACUAAAAUAAGGGAAGGGGAAAUUUCUAGAAGGAAUGGACAACAAUGCCCUGUGCCACAGAGAGGUUAAGGAAGAUAAAAAAUGUGAAGUGUUAAUUGGAUUUGACACUAUUGAUCUCGUUAGUGAACUGGUGGGGCAGAAACCAUGGUACAAUGAGGGAUGAAUGGAAGGUGGGUGGGAAAUGGAAAUGAAGGCUGUUGGAUAAAUAGAUGUUGGAGCUCAGAGAAGAGAUUUGGACUGGAGGUACAGAUUUGGAAUCCAUCUAUUCUUACAUGGUCCACUGAAGCCAUGGGCUUGGAUUUAGUCACUUAAGGGGAGAGUGAAGAAAAGAAGCAGACCUAGGGCCCAGCCUUGAAGAACACUAACAUUACUAUGCAGGUAAGGCCAUUAAUUUACAAAGACAGAAGGAAUAUCCAGAGAGUGGGAGAAAACCCAGAAUUCUCUGGUGUUAAUCCAAGAGAAAAGAAUGUCUGAAGAAGAGGAAGUGACCAAGAAGAGUUGAAUACCGCUGAGAGAGAAGUAUGAUGUCUGAAAACAAGGCCAUUGGAUUCAAUGACUUACAAAUCAUUGAUGACUUGGAAUGAUGGAGAAUAGAAGCCAGACUAGAUUGAACAAUAAGUGGGAGAGGAGGAAAUGGAACCAGUAUAGAUAACUCUAAAGAUGUUUGGCAGUGAAAAAAUGGAGACAAGGUAAAUGGUGUUGGUGGAGGAUCAUUUUAAAUAUGAGAAAUACUAGAACAUGUUUAGAAGCCAAAAGGAAAGCUCUAUUAGAGGAUGAAUAACCAAGGAAAGUGAUAAGCAGUAGUGUAGGUUUCCUUAGAAGGCAGGUAAACAUGGAAGCCGAGAUGGAGGUUAGAGGACAUGGCCUUAGGAUGAGGGACACUCCUGAACCAUUAGUCAUGAGCUGGCAUUGCUUGCCUCCUUACCCUGUUGCCAGCCACUUCAGGGCUGCUUUCAUGUCAGCACCUCCCUUUUUUGUUCUCGCCUUGCCAGUCCAACCGUGGGGAAAUCACACUUCCCCACCCCACUUAAACUUCUUCCACUCGUGUAUAUAUUCAUUCAGUGAACAUUUAUUAAUCACUGCCUGCCAGGCCUUGUCCUUGAAGAACUCAUGGUCCAGUGGUAGCAAAAGACAAAUAGAAAUAGAGCACAAU